CGGCUGAGAACAUUAUUGCGUACGACUGCACAGGGGAGCUGCGCCCUGGGCCUGCGCGGAUGAAAACCCGUGUCUACGACAGCAACGCGCGCUCCAAAUAUGAAUGAAAUCACGAACCCACGAGAUUCUGUCACGUUUCAAAACGGAAAAAAGGAGCGUCCUGCUAUUGGCGGUAGGCCCCGUGGCUAUUGUCGUACGAUCAGCCACAGGCGAAAGCCUCGGAAGCACUCGUUGACUCCUCGGCGCGGCUACAAGUCAACCCAGCGACCGCAGCCCAGCCUCCUCCAGACGGAUUCCUCCCAUUUCCAAGCGCUCCAGACCUCCAGUCCUGGGCUCCUCCCGGUCCGGCUUAACCCCUCCCGAAUCCCGAUGCCGGCGGACUCCGCGCCGUCGAGCGCAGCGUCGCUGUCCGAAGACGACCGCCUGCUCGUCGCACACUGCGCCGCGCUCUGCUUCCCCUGCAGCUCCCCCACCGCCGCCGCCUCCUUCCAGGUGCAUCAUGCGUCCCACCCCUACCCCUGCGCCGCCUUCGCCUUCCCGCCCUCCUGGUCCGCCGCCGACUGGAUGGGAGGCGACGGCGGCCGCGCGCCGUUCGGGGACGCCGAGGUGGACCCGGCCCUGUUCCCGUCACUCCGCGCUGUCGGGAGCGGCAUCCCCGCGCGAACCAACGCCGCCUUCCUCGGGGCCUUCCGCCGGCUGCUCGACGGAUCGACGCUCCAGUCCGAGGUAACAAGAGCUGUGGCAGAGGAGAAACGUGUAGUAUUCACAGGCCAUUCAUCAGGAGGCUCAAUAGCCACCCUUGCUGCUAUAUGGUUUCUUGAGAAGUGCACCAGACGAGGAAGUGUUAAUCAAGCACACCCAUUUUGUGUGACCUUUGGGGCUCCUCUUGUUGGAGACAAUAUCUUCAACCAUGCUGUUAAAAGAGAGGGCUGGUCACAGUGUAUUUUGCAUUUCCUUCUUCCACUAGACAUUGUCCCACGCAUACCACUGACUCCACUUGCGUCCUUCAGAGAAGAAAUUCAAGCUGUUCUGGAUUGGUUAUCUCCUCAGACGCCAAACAACUCCCCUGCUGGGAGGUCCCUUGUCAUACCUGAAUAUUAUGAAACUUUAUUGAGAAGCACACUAUCUAUUGCCAGCUAUGAAGCCUGUUCUUUCAUGGGAUGUACCAGCUCCAUCCUGGGGACAUUGACUUCCUUCAUUGACCUCUCCCCUUACAGACCCUGUGGGACUUAUCAUUUCUUGACAAGCAGUGAGCAAUUGAUUGUUCUCACAAAUUCAGAUGCUGUCCUGCAGUUGUUAUUUUACUGCCUUCAGUUGGAUCCCCAACAACAACUGCUUGAUGCUGCUGCUAGAAGCUUAAGUGCUCACUGGCAGUAUGAACCAAUUAAAGAGUGCAUGCAGGAUAUAAUCUGUGUGGAUUACCUGGGAACAAUCUCAUCAACUCUUCCUGGUAGGCAGACAGACAGAGCGACCAUUGGAAGCACUGAAUUGAGCAGGGAAGCUGUACUGCACCUUUCUGCAGCUGCGCAAUGGGAGAAGCAAAGACAGAGAAACCAAACAAAAAUAGAUGAAAGCUGCCAAAAGAUUCAGGAAGCCCUCGGGUCCCUAAACGAGUACAAGAGAUCAAGGGAACUCUGCGGCGUAAGCUACUACGAUUCCUUCAAACUCCAACGUGAGGUGCAUGACUUCAAUGCAAACGUGCGGAGGCUGGAGCUAGCUGGCCUCUGGGACGAGAUAGUGGAGAUGUUGCGGAGGCGUGAACUGCCGGACGGCUUCGAGGCUCGUGAGGAGUGGGUGAGCCUGGGGACCUUGUUCCGUCGCCUGGUCGAGCCGCUGGACAUCGCCAACUACUACCGGCACUCCAAGAAUGAGGACACCGGCUCCUACCUCUCCAAGGGGCGGCCGAGGCGGUACAAGUACACGCAGAAGUGGCACGAGCAGCUGCAGCGCGCUCCCGUUGGGUCCAGCCUCGAGUCCUGCUUCUGGGCGGUGGUCGAGGAGCUCCAGGCCGAGAUGGCCGACGGCAGGGCGUUCGAGGACCUGAGAGACCGGGUGGUUAAACUUGAGAACGAUGCACAUGGCUGGUAUAACUCUGGAAGUUUGGGCAAGGACGUGUUUCUGGGGAGCUCGUCUUUCGUGGCGUGGUGGAGGAGGCUCCCGGAGCAGCAUAGGUCGGCGUCGAGCAUUGCGAAACUUGUAUCUCUGUAACGGAUUUUGGCUGAGGAACUAGCGGUUCCAGAUCUUCUGGGAACAGCUGCAACUGUAGUAUAUUGUAUGGCUUAUGAGCUCUUUGUAUAAAUACGCUGCUCUGUAUGUACUUCCCACAAUAAGAUUAACUGUCUUAAAUUAACAUACUUUCUUCUGGGAACAGCUGCAACUGUAGUAUAUUGUAUGGCUUAUGAGCUCUUUGUAUAAAUACGCUGCUCUGUAUGUACUUCCCACAAUAAGAUUAACUGUCUUAAAUUAACAUA